UUUGCUUGGUACUGAAGACUUUCACAAUGCAAGCCUUCCGCAUCACUUCUGUGAUUAAUACUAAACUCUCGAUCAUGUUUUUGAUGUUACCAGCACUGACAGCACCUGCUCCGGAGUUCUCAGAUUACCUCCAGAAGGUCCUGAAAAGUCACACAUCUCAUGCCUGCAAUGGAGAUCUACUCACAAUAUCUUGUCCUCACAAAACAUCCAUCAGCAUACUCUCUGCUUUCUACGGACGUAGGGUGUCCAGUCAAAAUCUCUGCUCCCCCAUGUUUGGUGACACAAAUGAUGACUUGUUCUGUAGUUCCCCCACUGCCCUCCAGAAACUUUCCGAUGAGUGCCAAGAUCGCCGAUCCUGUCAUUUCUCUGUCAACAGCAGGAUUUUUGGAUCAGACCCCUGUCCUGGCACAAGCAAAUACCUGCUGGUGUCAUACAAGUGUAAACCACAUCACCACAGGCUAAAAACAGUUUGUGAGAAUGAGCAACUCAAUCUUACUUGCAAGAAUAACUCAUUGCUCUCAAUAUACUCUGCUAGUUAUGGGAGAACUUUACAUAGGAAGAUAGAGUGUGAUUCAGAGAACAAAACAAAUCCAGAAUAUGAAUGUUCUACACAGACAGCCCUAAGGAAAAUCUCCAGAAGGUGUCACAGAAGACAUACCUGCUCUGUCAGAGCUGAUAUUAGAACAUUCGGUGAUCCCUGUUACCCAGGAGUGGUGAAAUAUUUGACUGUCUCAUAUUCAUGUGUUCCCAGACGUCUUAUGGAGGGUGUCGGAGAGUCAUCUUCGGAUCCAUUCUCCCUUUCAGAUUAUACACAUGGUGGCUGGUACAAAGGCCCCCGACUGUCCAGGCUUACUGAGGAUCUGAUGAUUUUUACCAGCUGUCUGAAAAUAAUUGCCCUUAUUCAGGAUGUACCAGAGAAGGUUGCACUUUAUUUUGUUUGUGGGGUAUCAACAGGUUUAAUAAUUCUGCUCUGCAUCUUUACCUCAAAAGUAAUGCUGGUUCAUGACAUAAGGAAAGUAUUUACUGAAGGCCGGAAAGAAGAGGAGCCAGUCCUUGGUGGUAUAAAAAUGAUAGUACGGAGAAUCGGAGACGACGGGAACAAUGACGACAGUUCUUCAGAAUCUUCUUUCAGGAAACUCAGCAAUUCCUAUCGCUACACCAACAACAUCUUUACCCCGGAAUUAACCGCUGCCCUGGAGGGCGUCAAAGAGUUUAAACGUCAGGAAGAAGAUGAUAUUUGGCCACACAAGGGACCCAACGUUUAUGUUACCCAGAAUAGCACAGAGUCCAUGAAGUAG